UCACGUUAGGGUUUUUGUGCUCUCUAUGCUAUUUACAGCUUCUGAAUUUCGAGUCUGAAGAUUCGAAACAGAAAGUGUUUGCAAACACUUCUUCUACUGACAAUGAAGGUCAAAGUGAUAUCACGCUCUGUGGAUGAGUUCACUCGAGAACGAAGCCAAGACCUUCAGAGGGUAUUCCGUAAUUACGACCCUGGCCUUCGUCCUCAAGAGAAAGCGGUGGAGUAUGUACGCGCUCUUAAUGCUGUGAAGUUGGACAAGAUUUUUGCAAGACCGUUUAUAGGAGCAAUGGAUGGGCAUAUAGAUGCUGUAUCGUGUAUGGCGAAGAACCCUAGUCAGUUGAAAGGGAUAUUCUCCGGUUCAAUGGAUGGGGAUAUUCGUCUCUGGGACUUAGCUUCCAGACGGACAGUUUGUCAGUUUCCUGGUCACCAAGGUGCUGUGCGAGGCCUGACAGUAUCUACAGAUGGACGCAUUCUUGUGUCAUGUGGAACUGAUUGCACUAUCAGACUUUGGAAUGUUCCUGAUAGUUCUCUUAUGGAGUCAGGUGGCUCAACUACAAAAACUGUCGAGCCAGCAAGUGUUUAUGUUUCGAGGAAUGCAUUUUGGGCUGUUGAUCACCAGUGGGAUGGUGAACUUUUUGCCACUGCUGGUGCUCAAGUGGAUAUAUGGAAUCAAAACAGGUCUCAGCCAAUAAACAGUUUUGAAUGGGGAACUGACACAGUAAUUUCUGUUCGGUUUAAUCCUGGUGAGCCAAAUCUCUUGGCAACCUCAGCAAGUGACCGGAGCAUAAUUCUGUAUGAUUUACGUAUGACUUCCCCUGUGAGGAAAAUGAUAAUGAUGACCAAAACCAAUUCUAUAUGUUGGAAUCCAAUGGAACCCAUAAACUUCACAACUGCAAAUGAAGAUGGUAACUGCUAUAGUUAUGAUGCUAGGAAGUUGGAUGAAGCCAAAUGCGUUCACAAAGAUCAUGUUUCUGCAGUGAUGGAUAUUGACUACUCACCAACUGGUCGAGAAUUUGUCACUGGAUCUUAUGAUAGAUCAGUGAGAAUUUUUCAGUAUAAUGGUGGUCACAGCAAGGAGAUUUAUCAUACCAAGAGAAUGCAAAGGGUAUUCUGUGUCAAGUUUAGCGGGGAUGGAAGUUAUGUGAUUUCAGGAAGUGAUGACACUAACCUCAGACUUUGGAAGGCCAAAGCAUCAGAGCAACUUGGAGUAAUUCUCCCAAGGGAGCGGAAGAAGCACGAGUAUCACGAGGCCGUAAAGAAACGCUACAAGCACCUCCCUGAAGUUAAUCGUAUUGCAAGGCAUAGGCAUUUGCCAAGACCAAUAUUCAAAGCUACUGCUUUGAUGCGCGUUAUGGCGGAUGCUAGGAGAAGAAAGGAUGAGAAGAGGAAAGCUCACAGUGCCCCAGGGAGUAUUAAAACACAGCCAUUAAGGACAAGAAGAAUUAUCAAAGAAGUUGAGUAAGGUUUUUAUGAACCGGCAGGUGCUAAAAAAUCCAACAAAUAUUUAUGAGCUGGCAAGAGUUUUUGUAGUGAUGUCAACAUGCCUGUGGUGGGACGUUUUACUUCUGGAUUUGCCUUCGUCUUUUGCUCAUUUCUUAGGCAAAUGGAUGUACCAUGGCAACACUUCUAUGCUUCGUUAGCUGAAUUGCAUGCAUGUGAAGUGUGGCCUCCUGCCAGAUUCGUGUAAUCAAUAGGUUAUAGUUUUGUGAUGUUACUUCUUGGUUCAGUUCAGUCCCAAUGUAAGAAAUUUUGGUUUAUUUUUUAAUUGAGUAUUGUUUU